AUGGCAAAGACAAAGAAAGCGGCACAAGGCUCGUCUGGAAAAGACGACGCCGACAUAUCCAGUAAUCUACAUAACGCCGUAACAAAAACCGCCACUCAAAAAAUUCUCGGUUCUCUUGUUACGCAGGAUGAAGUAACUUGUAAAACUUAUGGAAAACAAACUGUUUAUGUAAUUAAGCAGGAUCAAGUUGAAUCUCCAUCAAAUGAGGAACUCGCACAAAUGGACUCACAAAUUGAAGCGCUAAAGAACGAGAUUAGUCAAUACAAAGAGGAAACGAAACAGCUUCAAUCCGUCUUGUCCGGUCUCAACAAUUCUUUGACGAAUGAACAAAUGGAAAAAGAGCUCAAUAAUCUUAACGAGGAGAAUGCAAAAUACGAAGAACGCUUGAAAGAAUUGAGAUCUGGCACACGACAAGUCUCGCGCGAAGAAAAGGAAAAUAUCGAUACGGCGUACGAGCGAAACAGAAAAUUCUGGAAAGAACGAAAAAGAAUGUGCAUGGAUAUCUUGGAUCCUAUGUGUGAAAGUAUGGAGAAGAAACCUGCUGAAGUGAUGGAGGAACUUGAAUUGGAAUCGGAUCCUGUUGAUAUUAAUGUAGACCCAUUGGCAAAUAUUUGA